CAGCCGAACCGCCAGCAAAACGUUCAGUUCGCUUUGCGCCGGCAAAUUCGAUAGUUUUUUGAGUUUGCUGAACCGAGUCGCUGCGGCAAAAGUGUGUGACAGCCAGCCGUGUGUAUUGCGAUCCAGCCAAUUGAUACUGCGAUAAGAGGCGGCGAGCAAAAGUAAUUACCUCAUAGCCAUCAGCGUUCGAAAAUUGUAACCGUGUUUUCUGUGAUAUCUGUCUGCACAUUACCCAAGUAACAUAGCCACCAACUCAAACACAUAAAGCCCACCAAAAUGAUCAACAUGGACAUUAGCGUUACGCCCAACUACUCGUACAUCUUCGACUUCGAGAACGAUUUCAUACACCAGCGGACGCGCAAGUGGAUGCUAGAGAACUGGACAUGGGUGUUCUACUACUGCGGCAUCUACAUGCUGGUCAUCUUCGGUGGUCAGCACUUUAUGCAAAAUCGGCCUAGAUUCCAACUGCGCGGCCCGCUGAUCAUAUGGAACACCUUGCUGGCCAUGUUCAGCAUCAUGGGUGCUGCCCGGACGGCGCCGGAGCUGAUUCACGUGCUGCGUCACUACGGACUCUUCCACUCCGUCUGCGUGCCCAGCUACAUCGAGCAAGAUCGCGUGUGCGGCUUCUGGACCUGGCUCUUCGUGCUCAGCAAACUGCCGGAGCUGGGCGACACGAUAUUCAUUGUGCUCCGCAAGCAGCCACUCAUCUUUUUGCACUGGUACCAUCACAUCACCGUGCUGAUCUACUCGUGGUUCAGCUACACGGAAUACACCAGCUCUGCCCGCUGGUUCAUCGUGAUGAACUACUGCGUGCACUCGGUGAUGUACAGCUACUAUGCUCUGAAGGCGGCACGCUUCAAUCCGCCCAGGUUCAUCUCGAUGAUCAUCACGUCUCUGCAGCUGGCUCAGAUGAUCAUCGGAUGUGCGAUCAACGUAUGGGCCAAUGGCUUCCUGAAGACGCACGGCACCUCGUCCUGUCACAUCUCGCAGCGCAACAUCAAUCUGUCGAUCGCCAUGUACUCCAGCUACUUUGUCCUGUUCGCGCGCUUCUUCUACAAGGCGUACCUGGCGCCCGGUGGUCACAAGAGCCGGCGCAUGGCCGCCUCCCUGGCAGCCCAGAAUGCGGUCAAGCAGUCGAGCAGCCCCCAGCAGGCCAGCGAGAGCUCCAAGUUCAUCGGCGCUGGCGAGGAUCAGGCCGCCUAUCUGCGCAAGGCCAAGGCGCAGUAAGGCGGAGCUCGGCACACCAGCACCUAACUCCCAUCAUCAUCACUCCCCCUGUUUACGGCUAAGGACAUUUAUUUAUGUAGCGGUGUACAAGUUGUUUUUUAAUUUUAAACCUGGGUGGCACACGACCGAUCGGAUGAGAGUUUAAUUUUGUAAGCCAAAAGUUGUACCGUGUGGACAGGCAUACGAACUAUAUAUCUGAACAUGUAUAUAAAAAGAAACAGACGAACCUAAGCUAACCAAAACUCAGAGUCGAGUCAAAAUAAACUGUAUGUAAUUGAGGGGCAUAGAAGCGAGCGCAUGCAAAGCUUGAAUUGAAAUCUGUAGAUCUCUCUAGGGAGAUGUGAAAGGAACGCAGGGAAUUUAGCUGCUCACUAGUUAGCAUGAGUUCAAUUAAUAGUCACUGCUCUUGAUACCUCUUGAUGUAUUUCCCAGCUGCAGUUCUUGAAGUGUGUUGUCAUCCCCAAAGUCGUUGAUGUAUAGAGUUUAUAAUUUGCGGAGUUAUUGACAUGCGCCAAAUGAAUGUGUUUUGUUUUCCACUAGCCCCUGCUGGUAUGUCAACUAUAAUUUACCUCUCGGGUGGAAUUUUGUGUUGCCUCCCAAUUUUAGUUAAAAUUCUCAAGAAGGAUCAGACUCCUGCGACAGGCAUUUUGCUUGAAAUUGAAUUUGAUUUGCUGGAGAACUGUUUUCCUACAUUAACUAGUAGUUGGGGUCUGAGAACUUUGUACUUCUAAGUCUAUACGCAUAUAUAUUUAUAAAACCUAUAUUAACUGAAUAUUAAACACGUGAAAACGGAAUACCAACCAAUAACAAAACACUAAGUUAGUCUAUUUUUCCAGGAUCCAGAGCGCAAAUUGUUAUUGUAAAAUAAUAAACUGUUUUCAAAUCUGUAAGAACAAACAAUAUUUAUAACAGUCGAAAGACGACUGAUAAAAUGUUGCUGACUGACUGGAUUAAAUCGAAGAAGCAUUGUCGUAGUCACCAAUAAAUUAUUUUUGAAAAUUGUAACAUAUUUGGCCGUCAGUCAGUAUAGUUUUAACCAGUGUGUCAUGCUGCUUUACAAAAAGUUCGAUUCUGUUAGGGGAAGGCAUUUAUUUAGUUAACCUGUGUUGAAUGCAUUUGAAUAUUCCUUCAAAUUUCUUGCUGCUUUUUGGUAACUUAGCAAAGCCACAGAAAGUCCUUGAAUGUAACACAAAAAAAAAGAACGUAAAAUAAUAAUAACCAGAGAAAAAUUAAAUUAUAUUUAUAUUUGUAAGCGAACAGAACAGAAGAGAUCGAUUGUGGAAGAACAAAAUCGAGAAAAUGAAAAGCAAAAGUCCUACUUGAAAAGUUAAUUUAGUGUAAGCGAGGAAACUGUAACUGAAAUUGAAACCGGAGCAGAAGCUGAAGGAGGAUCGUGUGAAUGGAGAGAAGGAUCGAUUGAUACUGAACUCUAGCAGGAGAGAGAAAUUGAAACGAACAAACUUGAAAUUUUUGUCGGGUAUACAUACUAAAUAAUAACUAAGCAAGAACACUAAAAGAAUGCUAAACAAAACCAACGGAUAAAUAAAACGUAACAAACGGAAAAGGAUGGAAAGUA